AGCAUAUUCAAGAAGCUUGUCAACCUUGGCUAUGAGAAAGACCUCCAAAGCAUCAAGGCGCCUGAUACUUUCCAACAUCGUUUAGUCAAACAACCUCGGGCUUUAACCGAGAAGGUGUGUCAGAUACCAUAAUCUUGUAUUGCAGAUAUAUUCAGCAUUUUUUAGGCUGGCGUAACAUCAGUCAAGAAAUGAUUCAUUUCAUGGAGCAGACGCGAGGCAAGCACCUUGCACGCGAACAUACUGCCAUGAUCAAUUCCCGAAAAGCCGUCGCAGCUUCUCUCCUAAGAACAUACAAAUUAUCUUCUUCUGGCACGCCGUACACCACCAUCCUCCCCAACGUCGUCGACUUUUACAAGUUCGACCCGGUCAGAAGACUUCUUGAUCUGCCGGAUGAGGUUAACGUUGACGAACAUAGUUUUGCAUCCAUCGUACCACAAAUUGAUGCAUCGUGCCAGGCUUGGUGUGACCGUAUUCACGACGAGCUCAUUCAAGUUGUAGGACAUCCAGAUCCUUCCUCACUCCAGACUACGGAACAAAAAGUCGCCUUCCUUAAGCUCGCCCGAAACGUGUUUUUCUGCGAGUCGCGAUGUCGUUACUCCUGGAUCGGUGUUAGCAAGGAGUCAAAGCUUUAUUAUCCGCAAGUCCUAGCGCGCCAGUACAGCGUGAUUGAGUCGGAUUUCCAUGAGGAUGACCCCCCAGAUUCAACUAUCUCUCUAUGGUGCUGGAGAAGAUGUGCGUGGACUGCCAAGCACUUGUCAUUGAAUAACAAAGCUAGCAUUGUUGUAUCCGCCUUAAUCACAGCCUUGGAUCGGGACCCAGAGCAAACAGCUGUUGAUGAUAUGGAUAAACUAGAGCAGCUCUAUCAAUGCUCAUUAUGUGAACACAACGGGUUCCUGUUCGUGUCUGGUAAGGUUAUAUAUGGUUGGCGUGCUUUUGUGAGUAAACGGUCUACUCAGCUAUCUGUGAUUGUUGUUUUCUUCCAGAUAAGACAUCUCCGUGAUGAGCACGCGCUUCACGUGGAGAACAACAUCUUGACCUUGAUGACCCAGAAAGAUUUUGAAGCAGUCCCAAUGUCAGAUGCCGACGGGAAACUGUUAGAUUGGUACAAAGAACGCGACGACCUCCGUUGGCGUUGUCUCCGGUGCAGACAUUUGUCCUCUGAGACUGAAACAUGUAGUCCUUUCUUCCCGGGUAUAAGAUUUCCAUUGCUAAAAAGAGCUUAGUAUGGACAUAUGGCAUGACUGGAAUGUGGCGGGA